UGAAUAUUCAUUUUAAAUUGUGAUGUUUAUGUGUAUAUAUGUGUACGUAUAUGAGCGCUAUCGGCUGAUGUCCGAACUACUCAGCGUUCUACAAAGCUAUCUGGGAACCGAAUGCUUCGUGCCCUUUCAGCUUUUGGAUACUUGGCUAUGAUUCAUUGCCCAGCAAAUAUUUCGUGGUAAUCUUUCUCCUUCCUUUGCAUACACAAAGCCGAGCAAUUAACAAUACUGACGCACACUGCUUUUCCUCGUUUUGUGCGCCGUUAGUUUGGUUUGCAAGCGCAGCAUAGACCAGCCGUGAACGCGAAAAUUAACAGCCAACAAUGCCUACAAGAGCAGCAACAACAAGUAAGCCUGUUCAAAUCAACGGCCGAAUGGCAUUCUACACAUUUGAGGGGUAUUUUUCCGUCGUCGCCUCCGAGCGCAUUUCGUUUUCUUUAAGCACAUACACUCGCGCAUGCAUAUAUAUAUACAUAAUCGCUUCAUACAUAUAUAUUACACCAAUAUGUACAUACACAUGUUCAUCUCUGCGCUUUGUGAGCGAUCGUUCACGGCUGACUAGUUGGCUGGCUCAUCCAUAAGGCCUCCUCUCUCUUUCUGCUCCUUCUUUUCCGCUGUUGCCAUUGUGGGUUUCUCGCUUUGUGGCUUGUGAUCGACUGCUGCGUCGGCUUGAAGCGUGAUUUGUUGUUAUUAUAAAGGCGAUUGUCGCGCUCAGCCCUAGCAAUCAGCAGUGUUAAAUGAAUAUUUUAUUGUUGUUGUUGUUAUUAUUAUUAUAGUAUUUCUCAUACAUAUCGCACACAUUUGGUUCAUUUCUGUUGGUGUUUGUUGUGUGUUGGUCGUCGCGCUGAUUUUGGCUUUGGCGCUGGCGUUGCUGCCUUGUUUACGUACUCAGCUCGGUUUGGGCUCGGGUGGAUGGUUAGUUCAUUGGCGUUUUGCCUGGAUUUUAUUAGUUGGUUUUUAAACUUGGUCGCGAGAGGGUAGUAAAAAGUGAAAAUCGGACAAAGUAUAGGAAGUACCAGUGAGAACACUCGAAGAAAGUGGAAAGCCAGAUAAAUAAGAACACAACAAAUCCACAGGAAAAGUGAGUGAUUGAGGAAGAAUUAGCAAGACAAAACGAAGAUUGGAUUUGUGUGGGGAGGCUUUUGAGAAAACCAAUUGAAUGUACAAACAUAUAUACAUACAAACAUACGUAUGCACAUUUAUAUAAAUAUACUCAUAGUGUUAGUGAGUACUUGAGAUAUUAAUGAGUAGAGGCUUAAAGUGGUCCAUAUAACAAAACUGAUAUUAAGAGCUGAAAUACACACACACACAUACAUACAUAUGUUCAUUGUGCUACUCACGUCAAUUAAAGCGUUAAUAACAUUUAUACACAAUUUUUGUGAAUGGAUGCGCUGAGAGCUAGUAUCGCUUUUGCCAACCCAACUGCGUUUUACUCACCGAAUAGCUCAACUCAAACGAGAACAACUAAAAAGUCGAACACAUCGGCAGUAUCAACAUCACCAAGCUCUUUGCGAUCAUCACCAGCUUCCUCACCCAGCAUCUUACCGGAAGUCGUCAACAAACCAACAGCAACCAUUGAGCCGCCUUCGCCCACACACUCUUCACGCGCUUCGUCGUGCUCUUCGCAAACGAGACUACGCGUAGCGACCCCCGACUCUGAUACGCCCAGUUGUGGUGGUGGUGAGAUGAGUGUAAGCGGUGGAAAUCAACUUGGUACAGCGUUGGAUAUGAAAACGAAAGCCUCAGCAGUUGCCACUGCAGCUGCCGCCGCCGCCGCCGCCAUGGAGCUAUUGCAUGCUGGUGCGCCCACAACUCAGGCGCAGUCGCAGAAAAUCAAAAAAUGUGCGUUUAAUAAACAAAAUAAUAGUACUAAGUCGCUUACUGAAAUUGUAGAAGUAAAUAUAAAUAUUUCAAAAUUUACCCGUCGUGCAGCACGAGCUUUUGUAUGUGAUAUUGCCAAUAAUAAUAGCAACAACUACAAUAACAAUAACAUAGUUGAGUACAAUAAAGAUGAUAACCAUGAGGGACAAACAACAAUACGGAGUACCGCAAAGUUGCUUAGGAGUUGUAGAAGUAGAGGUAGCCCUAGGUUACAGCAAUUGUAUUAUCAACAACAACAACAGCAACAACAGCAGCAGCUGCAACGACAACAAAUACCAAUAUCGUUGCAGCGCCAACAAAAGCAGCGGCAACAAGCUAAAACACAACACCAACAAUCACAUACAAAACGUUACCGACAACAACAACAACUGAAAACUAAAACUAGCAAAUUUAUGAAUAAAAAAUUUAGACUUGAACAAGAACGCCAAUUUGCUGAAGCUGAACAGUUACAACAACAGCAACAACAACUAUAUGCAUCGUCAAAAGAAAACUUUUUACUUACGCUCGAUUUACUUGCAGUGGUCCGCCGUAAUGCCUCCGACAAAUUGCGUCUCAUCCAAAUGGUACAUGACAAUCCGAUACUUUGGGACUCUCGCCUGCCCAAUUUCAAGGGUGCUGAAGAGGAGAAGAAUCGUGCUUGGGAAAUGAUCGGCAAGGAAUUCAAUGCGCCGGGGCGGCGUGUGGCGCGCGCCUUCAAAUCACUACGAGAAUCAUAUCGACGCGAGUUGGCGCAUGUGAAGCUGAUGGGCAAUGGUUUCAAGCCGAAGUGGAGUCUAUACGAGGCGAUGGACUUUUUGCGCGAUGUCAUACGAGAGAGAAAAGGCGGUUCGCACGCUGCUGAACAUGCGGCCAUUGGCCUCAAUUUGAGCGCAUUUACGCAACAUUUAACCAACAACAACAAUAACAACAGCAGCAAGUCUGCACUCAAACUGAACGCAUUACAUUCAUCUUUUAACGAAAGCGCAUUGAAUCUGUCGAAAUGUGCGCCAGGCCUGAAUAUGAGCCACGAAGACUAUUACUACUAUGUGAAAUCGGAAUUGGAUAUGUCAGCGGCGCAUGCGGGUAACAAUGGCAUUGGUAUUGGUAAUGGCGGUGGUGGUGUUGGUGUUGGUGUUGGUAGCAAUGCAGCUGUUUCGCCACUUCCUUUACCAGCACAUCAAGUACAGCAGCUUCAUCAUCACCAACAACAACAACAACAACAGCAGCAGCAGCAACAAAAUUCUGCGCAUGACAGCCGCGUGUCAUCUACGCGCAACGACAGCACCACCCAACACAGCAACACAUUCGACGAUCUUGACGCAUCAUCCGUACGCAGCGGCGAUGAAGCCUCCAUGCGUAAUGCGGACAUGAGCAAUCAGGGCUCCGAUGAAGUUGAAGAAUUGGAGGCCAUAGAUGCAGAUUUUCCCUAUCCCCUCAUACUCGAUGCCAAUUCGCCGCAUUCUGUUAGCGCAGCAGGCGGUCAUGGCAAUGGAGUUGGUGGCGUCGCAUUGAAACGUAAACGUCGUGAUGGUUUGGACGGCGGCGACGGUGUCAACGAUGAGGAUGACUACGACGGACAAAUGAUGCAGCAACAUCGUCAUUUGCGCCAACAAAAUGCUGGCUUAGGUGGUGCAAGCGGUGGUGGUGGUGGUGGUGGUGUUGGUAUGGGUAGUUGUAUGCUGGAUAUGCCGCCGCCGCAGACGGUCCGUGAGGUGUUGAACUCCAAGUUUUGUGGUUUCAUUUCGGCGAAACUCAAUAGCAUGGAAGAUACGGAGGCGGAUAAUUUAAUGAACAAAAUACUCAUGUUGCUGGUGCAGACGCAGACACAAACGCAAACGCAGACGAGUGAAGGCAAAUAGUUCGGCAGGAUAGUCGAAUGCAAUUCAUGUAAAUAUAGGAACACACAUGUACAUAUGUAGGUGGUGAAUGUAGGAAAAGUGUGAUAGCUGCUGCUGUUCUAUGCAACUUUUGAGGUCAACCUGAGCAGCGCCAGUGGGUUGAUGGUGAAUUUUGUUUACGUAUAUAAUUUUUUUAAAAGAUAUGCAUAUCUGGAUUACGAAAUUGUGACGCACACUAUACAUAUCAGCACAUGACAGGUGGCAGGUGGAAGGUUUGAAUUAUUAUAAAAAUAAAAAAAAAUGUUGAAAUGCCAUAUUUUAGUUAAGUAAUUAUAAGUAAAUUAAUUCUCAAAUAAAUGCUCAAAACUGAUCACAUUUAAAAUUAUAUUUAAUAAUAUAUUUACCUAUUUUUUUUGCAACAAAAUUUGCAUUAGUCAAUAUAUUUUUUAUGUCCAUACAAACAUUCCUCCUAUUUUAAGAUUUGAAAAUUUUUCAAGGAAAAAUUAUCACAACAAAUGAAAGAGAACUGAAAAAAUAAAUAAAUAAAAUA